UUUAAAUAGUGGGCAAGUGUGUUUACUUCCCGCGUGCCAGGAAGAAUCGAGCAGAUAGAAGUAUGUUUGUUGCGCGCAGCAUCGCAGCCGAUCACAAAGAUCUGAUCCACGAUGUUUCAUAUGAUUUUCACGGCCGGAGAAUGGCGACAUGUUCCAGCGACCAAAGCAUUAAGGUGUGGGAUAAGGGGGAUAGUGGAGAAUGGAACUGCACAGCCAGCUGGAAAACUCACAGUGGCUCAGUUUGGCGAGUGACCUGGGCCCAUCCAGAGUUUGGACAGGUGUUGGCAUCCUGCUCCUUUGACCGUACUGCCAUAGUGUGGGAGGAGAUUGUUGGAGAGUCCAAUGACAAACAACGAGGGCAAAGCCACUGGAUCAAGAGAACCACACUUGUGGACAGUCGGACAUCUGUGACCGAUGUGAAGUUUGCCCCGAAGCACAUGGGCUUGAUGCUGACCACAUGUUCUGCUGACGGGGUGGUGCGAAUCUACGAGGCCCCUGACGUGAUGAACCUGAGCCAGUGGUCCCUGCAACACGAGAUCUCGUCCAAACUCUCCUGCUCCUGCAUCUCGUGGAACCCUUCCAGUUCUCGAGCUCACGCCCCCAUGAUUGCAGUGGGGAGUGAUGACAGCAAUGCGACAUACGGCGGCAAGGUUCAGAUAUACGAGUAUAAUGAAGUUACAAGGAAAUAUGCCAAAGCGGAGACACUGAUGACAGUUACAGAUGCGGUACAUGAUAUUGCAUUUGCUCCAAAUCUGGGCCGGUCUUUCCACGUGCUUGCUAUUGCCACCAAAGACGUUCGCAUCUUCAAACUGGUUCCACUUCGAAAGGACAGCUCUUCAUCAGCGCCCACUAAAUUCGAGGUGCAGGUGCUGGCCCAGUUUGACAGUCAUAACUCUCAGGUGUGGCGCGUCAGUUGGAACAUCACCAGUACAAUUCUGGCCUCCUCUGGUGAUGAUGGCUGUGUGAGACUCUGGAAAGCAAACUACAUGGCCAAUUGGAAAUGCACAGGUAUUCUAAAGGGAGAUGGCAGUCCAGUAUAUGGGUCAUCUGGUCAGCCUGGGGCUCUGAGUGCCGUCCUGGGCUCUGCUUCUGCACAGAGUGCUUUAAACGGGGCCACUGGACGAUAGAUCCCUUUCUACAGGACCACCCUGAGGAAAUCUGGGGCUGAGCACUUCUAUGAUUCGGGAGUUCACACUGAGACCAACUGAUUGUGCUUGCUGGACAUGUGACAAGACUGGCACUUAACAUGGGUCCAUUAUUUUGAGCUGCCUUUAAGGAAGGAUCUCUAAGUUUACGUUUCUUUCUAUCUGUAGUAUUAUGGUUUACUCUGAUCUGAAUGAAUUCUGUGAAAAAAUCAUGGCUUUCAGAAUUAUGUUGUAUUGUCAUCUUUGAAUGGAUGCGAAUGCCUUGACCACAAAA